AUGUUCGUGUGUUCGCGUCUUUUACAAAUACCUCGUCCUCCUGUUCGCGACAGCCUUGAUAAUUGUUUCUGGUCGAUCGCAUCCCUAUUAGGUGUAGCUAUCAUACUAAUACCUACCCUUGUGGUUAUUACAAAACGUUCCAAACAUAAUCAUGAUCAAGCGACACUUUCCGUAAUAACACGCAAUACUGAUGAUUAUCAAUCAAACAGUGAAUACUAUCAAUCAUUGACAAAUGUCCAUGACUUUUCUCAAGCAGAUAAUCUUCGUUUGGAUCGUCUUUCAUCUCCACGAUUUCAUCCAACCAAUGGAAAGAGUAUUAUAUACUUAAGACGACAAUAUCAUAUGCCUGAUUUACGUGGAUCAACAACAACUUUACAUUGGCUCGAUUUAGAAACGAACAAGAAUGUUCAGUUAACACAACCAAUUUGGGGAAAACACGAUACACAAUUCUUUUGGAUAGAUAAUAAUACUAUUCUCUUUUUAUCCAAUCGAGCUUCAUCAGGUCUUACUCAAAUUUUUCAACUUACACUUCCUGUCGACUUAUUAAAAGCAACUACUAAUUACAUUGAACCAAUUCAAAUAACAAACUAUUCAUUGAAUAUUGAAAAUUUGUUAGUAAAUCGACAAGCAUCACGUCUUGCAUUUAGUUGUCAAGUCUAUGCAAAUUUAACAAUUGAAGAAACAUUUGCUCGACAAAAGGCCGAAAAAGACAGUGGUCGAUCAGUUUAUCAAUUUGAUAAGUUAUUCAUUCGACAUUGGGAUGAAUAUAUGACAGGUCCACGUCAUCAUCCAUUUCUUGUUUCAAUCGAACGACAAACCAAUGGAAUAUUCAAAUUUUCAUCAGAACCAAUUGAUAUACUUUUCAAUAUUGAUAGUGAUUCACCAACAAAACCUUUUGGUGAUGCUAAAUCACAAUGGUCAUUUAGUGCAAAUGGUAAUUCAUUCGCAUAUACUCGACAAUAUGAUGAAACUAGUGCUGUAGCUUGGUCAACUAAUUUGGAUAUUUACACAGUGGAUUUGAGUAUGUCUAGACAAGCAAGUGUGUGUAUUACAUGUGAUAAUUUGGCAGCAGAUACAGAUCCAUCUUAUUCACCAACAGAUGAUCAUGUAUUGGUCUAUCGAUCACAGUCAAAACAAGGAUAUGAAUCUGAUCAAUUCAAAAUAAAAUUGUAUAAUGGAUCGAAUUCGAAAAUAACACUUGUCGACGAUUGGGAUCAAAGUAUUCAAGCUGUGACAUGGUCUCUUGAUGGUCAAUCUCUUUUUCUUGAACUUGGUGAAGAAGCACGAAAUGUCAUCUAUCACUUAUUUGAUUUAUUCACAAAUGAAUCACUCACUCGUCUAGUCAGUACUGGUACAUCGCACGAAAUCAAUAUCCAUCCUAUUAAUAGUCAAAUGUUUGUUUUCACUCAUCAAAGUUUCGUCGAACCAGUCAAUAUUUAUUUAUAUUCGUCAGAUGGAUCAAUGCGAUCCCUCACUGAUCACAACAAAGCUCUAUUGGCCAAAGUGAAAAUAAGUCCAACGGCUGAGACUUUUUCGUUUUCAGGUGCUCGGGGUGAUAAAGUUUGGGGAUGGCAUAUGCCACCAUCGAGUGGUACUGGCAAACGAGCUCCACUUGCUUUUCUCAUUCAUGGUGGUCCACAGAGUAGUUGGUACGAUGCAUGGAGCUAUCGAUGGAAUUUGCAAACAUAUUCUUCUCAAGGCUAUGCUGUCAUUGCCAUCAACUUUCAUGGUUCCGAUUCAUAUGGACAGAAUUUUACAGAUAGUAUUAUAGGUGAAUACGGUUCAUUACCUUUUGAAGAUCUUCAAUUGGGACUUAUUUAUGCUCUGAACAAAUUUCCUUAUAUUGAUCCGAACCGAGCCGUAGCAUUGGGCGCUAGCUAUGGUGGAUAUAUGGUCUAUUGGAUUGCUGGACAUCCAGAAAUGAGUCGUCGUUUCAAAACGCUCAUUGCUCAUAAUGGUGUAUUUGACACAAGAGCCAAAGGUUAUUCCACAGAGGAGCUGUGGUUCACUGAACACGAUGUAGGUGGCUAUACCCCAUGGUCUAAUCCCGAUGCUUACGAACGCUAUAAUCCACUUAAGUAUGUUGUAAAUUGGACCCAACCAAUGCUAAUUAUUCUCGGUGCUCGUGACUAUCGUGUUCCAGAUACUCAAGGAAUAAGUGCUUUUAAUGCCUUGCAACGUCGUGGCAUUGAAAGUCGAUUACUCUAUUUUCCUACCGAAAAUCAUUGGAUACUAAAUCCACUUAAUUCUCUUGCCUGGUACGAACAAGUACAAGGUUGGAUGCACAAAUGGACAAAUUAG